UGACGGGAACGGGUAGCUGCCCGUGGCGACCACGCUAAAGCGAGAGAAAGUGAGUGAGAAAGGGUAAGAGAGAGAGUGUGAGAGGACUGUUGCAGCAGGUUCCUGCGUAAAAAGGCCUCCUUGAAAGUUCUUUAAAGUACUUCCCCCAUGGCGCGCGAGCAUUCUCUUUCAUCAUCCCUUCCGUUUGAAGAAGAAGAAGAAAAUUUUCAGACGCAGAAGAUUCGCGAUCGGUUUUGAUUGUCCAUUCCACAGAUUUAACGGAGUGUUCAAAAGCUGAUUUAGUAGGUGAGGAACCAGAGGUGAUUACGAGGUUUAAUUCUUGAGUUUCUAGGGAAUUUUCUCAUUGUUGUGGAAAAGGAGAGUUUUUAAUAAUGGCGGAGAUUUGCUGUGGAAUAGUGAGCGACGGCGAGGCGUCGACGCCUGGCGAGUCGAGCUCGCGAACGGCCAGGCGCCGGCGGAUGGAGAUUAGGAGGUUCAAGUUCGUCACCGGCGUGGUGCCUCCAGCGGACGCGGAGAGAGGCCAGAAGCGCCCGAAAGGAAAGCCUCGGGGAUGCGAGAACGCGGUGGAGGAUUGCGGUUCGGAGGAGAAACAUACGGUGAAAGCUGAGUUUGGAAGAUCCGCGACCGGACUGAUCUCAGUCUCUUCGGUUACGGUCUCAUUGUUGUGUUCACCAUCCGCGCCGGUGGAUCCAGAUGAUUUCAGCGAGCUUCCAAAGUUCGGCUUCGCGUCCGUAUGCGGCAGGCGGAGAGACAUGGAAGACUCGUUGGCUAUUGUCCCCUCAUUUCACCGCCGUUAUAAGGAGACCGCCUCUGAGUUGCAUUACUUCGGCGUUUUUGACGGUCACGGUUGCUCUCAUGUGGCGACGAAGUGCGGAGAGCGUCUGCAUGAACUGGUGAAAGAAGAGCUUCAAAGCGAAGAGGUGUCAACGGAGUGGAAGAGCGCGAUGGAGAGAAGCUUCUCCCGUAUGGACGACGAGGUGAUCGCGUGGAACAACGGCGGUUUGGGAGCGAACUGCAGGUGCGAGCUCCAAACGCCGGAGUGUGACGCCGUCGGAUCAACGGCGGUCGUCGCAAUCGUGACGCCGGAUAAGAUCGUCGUCGCCAACUGCGGCGAUUCCAGAGCCGUGCUUUGUCGCAAUGGCAAGCCUGUCCCUCUCUCUUCCGACCACAAGCCGGAUCGACCCGACGAACUCAAUCGGAUCCAGGCGACGGGCGGGCGGGUCAUCUACUGGGAUGGCCCACGGGUUCUCGGAGUCCUUGCCAUGUCAAGAGCCAUAGGCGACAACUAUCUGAAACCCUACGUGAGCUGCGAGCCGGAGGUGACGAUCACGGAUCGGACGGCGGACGACGACUGUCUGAUCCUGGCGAGCGACGGACUCUGGGACGUCGUUUCGAACGAGACGGCGUGUGGCGUGGCGCGGAUGUGUCUUCGCGGGAAGGCGAAGAUUCCGUCGGGGUCACCCCAGUUGCCGGAAAGCGAAGCACCCGGCGGUGAGAUCUCCGAUAAGGCGUGCUCCGACGCUUCGAUGCUGCUGACCAAGCUGGCCCUGGCCAGGCACAGCACUGACAACGUGAGCGUGAUUGUGGUUGAUCUUAGAAGGGACACGUAACCCAAACUAAUAUUGAUGUCCUUUGUCAUCUUAUGGAUUUCUUUUUUCCUCUUUUAUUUUCAUUGCGGUCUUUUUUUUUUUUUCUUUUUUUUGGGCUGAUUUCCCAUUGGGGGGGUCGGAUUCAGCCUUUUUUUUUUUUUUUUUCCUUUUGGGGACAGACGAUAUACUGACGGAGCCCAGCUCGAUUCGCUGGUUUUUGGUUUCGAAUGAAAUCCUUUCGCCCUGUCAAGUAUAAUGUAGUUAUUGUAGUAUAUGAACCAAGUAAAUAUAAUGCUAUUUGUAUUUACUUC